AUGACUGCCCUACCUCCUGUUGAUCUGGAUCUUUCCAGUGCCUCCAAGGAUCGCGGUAAGAAGGUCGCAUACUUCUACGACUCGGACGUUGGAAACUAUGCCUACGUAUCGGGACAUCCUAUGAAGCCACACCGUAUCAGGAUGACACACAGCUUGGUCAUGAACUAUGGCUUAUACAAGAAGAUGGAAAUCUACCGUGCGAAACCGGCGUCCAGAUAUGAGAUGACACAAUUUCACACCGACGAAUAUAUCGACUUCCUUUCGAAGGUGACACCAGACAAUAUGGAUCAAUUCGCAAAAGAGCAGGGUAGAUACAACGUCGGUGAUGAUUGUCCAGUCUUUGAUGGAUUGUUUGAGUUCUGCGGGAUCAGCGCGGGAGGCAGCAUGGAAGGCGCGGCGCGGCUUAAUCGCAACAAGUGCGACAUCGCUGUCAACUGGGCUGGAGGUCUUCACCAUGCAAAGAAGAGUGAAGCGAGUGGUUUCUGCUACGUAAAUGACAUUGUCCUUGGUAUCCUCGAGCUGCUACGAUUCAAGCAACGUGUUCUCUACGUCGACAUUGAUGUUCACCACGGAGAUGGUGUCGAAGAAGCUUUCUACACCACCGACCGUGUCAUGACCGUUUCCUUCCAUAAGUAUGGAGAGUAUUUCCCGGGUACCGGCGAGCUUCGUGACAUUGGAGUGGGACAAGGCAAGAAUUAUGCGGUCAACUUUCCCCUUCGCGACGGCAUCGAUGACGUUUCCUACAAAAGCAUUUUUGAGCCUGUCAUCAGCAGUGUCAUGGAAUGGUACCGCCCUGAAGCCGUUGUCCUUCAAUGCGGUGGCGACAGUCUCUCGGGUGAUCGCCUUGGCUGUUUCAAUCUCAGUAUGCGAGGCCACGCAAACUGCGUUAAUUUCGUGAAAAGCUUCAACCUGCCGACCAUGAUUGUCGGUGGUGGUGGUUAUACCAUGCGCAAUGUUGCGCGAACGUGGGCUUUUGAGACUGGCGUCCUUCUCGGGGAGGUUCUAGGUCCAGAGCUGCCUUACAAUGAUUACUAUGAGUACUUCGCCCCCGACUACGAGCUGAAUGUCCGCCCGUCGAAUAUGGACAAUGCCAAUACCAAGGACUAUCUUGACAAGAUUCGGGCUCAGGUGGUCGAGAAUCUCAAGCGUACGGCUUUCGCGCCGUCCGUGCAGAUGACUGAUGUACCUCGUGAGCCGCUCCUCGAAGGUAUGGACGACGAGGCAGACGCGAUUCUUGAUGAUUUGGAUGAGGAUGAAAACAAAGAUAAACGGUUCACGAAGCGACGAUUCGACCAAUACAUCGAGAAGCCCGGUGAACUGAGUGAUAGUGAAGAUGAAGAGGAGAAUGCGGCCAACGGAAUCCAUCCUAAAGCUGCAGGGCUGAAGCGGAGGAAUCAAGCCAACUACCGGAACGCCGAUCUGGAUUCUGGACCCAACAGCGGAAUUGCGACCCCGCAAGAAGCUUCUUCGAUUCCAGAUGACGAGAUGGAUACUACCAUCGAUGCAAAGAUGGGUGAAGCGCUUCCACCAGCUACUGAUAUCGCGCCCACCCCCUCCGCUGCUGAACCUGCUCCCAGCGCAGAUGAAAAGGCCGUUGUAGAGUCAACUGAAAUGGCCAUUGAUGAACCAGAAGAGACUGCGGCUUCUGCUGUCGCUUCUCGUCAGCCAUCUCCCAAGAUGCACGAUGAAGAUACCACCAUGGAAGAUGCGGGCGAGCCUGUCCCCGAACCGGAGCAAUCUAAGCAGCCUGAGCCAUCAGUCGAGACACAGGAAGAGGAGGCAAAGCCUGAAACAUCGGCACCAGAAACGACAGCUACGGAGCCUUCUCCCUCAGCAAAGAUUUCUCCCGCUUCAAAAGAGACAGACGCCUCAGAGAAGCCAGAGACCAAGGUAGCUACCGAUUCAUCAGAGGUCAAGACGAAGGAAACGACUCCCGAGAUUUCCAGUGAUCAACAGGUCGUCAAGCCCGACCAGGAAGCCCCCAAGGAGUCAGAGGAGGCUAAGCAAGUUACUGAAAAAGAGCCAACCUCAACACAACAACCUGAGGAGCCUGCAAAGAGCCUGGAAUAA